AUGGAUCAAAGUUGUUCAACUAAUUACACAUAUAUUAUAUGUUGUCUAGUUAUUGCUAUUAAUUUAGUUUAUUUUAUUAUUAUAACACUUAAACUAUUUAUACAGUAUCAACGACGACCAGCAACAGGAUAUUAUCAAAAAAUGACAGAUCAAUCAAGUAAAACAACGACAACAGCACCAUCACGUAUUACAACAUCAACCAGCAAGACUGGCUUAGAACGUCUAGCUCAACUGUAUCCUCAUGUAACUGAAGAUACACCAUUACCAUCGAAAUGGAAUUCAAAAGAAAAAGCACCAUCUUUAGCACUUCAACAGAAUAAUCUUGCUGUUGCAUAUAAAGGACCUGGAAAAUCACAUAAAGAUGCAGCUAGUGUGCGUUCUGAUCAUCCUAUUCCAUCGCUUACUGGAAUUUAUUAUUAUGAAGUAAAAAUACUAAGUAAAGGUCGUGAUGGGUUUAUGGGUGUCGGUCUAUCAACGAGUGAAGUAAAUCUUAAUCGUUUACCAGGAUGGGAUAAAGGCUCCUAUGGUUAUCACGGUGAUGAUGGUCAUUUAUUUUGUUCAGCAGGCUCUGGCAUUGCCUAUGGGCCCACGUUUACAACCGGUGAUUUUGUUGGUUGUUGUGUUAAUUUUCUUGAAAAUUCUUGUUUUUAUACUCUUAACGGUUAUAAUAUUGGUACUUCAUUCAAAGACAUACCGGCGGAGGUCUAUCCUACAGUAGGAUUACAAACUCCCCUUGAAGCCAUCGAAGCAAAUUUUGGCCUUAGUCCAUUUAAAUUUGAUAUAGACAAGUACAUGGAUGAAUAUCGAGAUAAAACUCGUCGAGCAAUAGUAGAGUGUACAUUGAAAGAAGGCGAACUAUUGCAUCAAAUUCAAUUACGUCGUAUUGUUUCAACAUAUCUCGUUCAUUAUGGUUAUUGUGCUACAGCUGAACAAUUUAAUAAAAACGCUGAAAAUGUCCAUGCUGAUGAACUUAAUUCUAUGCGUAAUAGACAACUUAUUCAAAAUUUAAUUCUCGAAGGUCAUACAAUGGAUGCAAUCGAAAAAACAAAAGAACUUUUCCCCACACUGCUCAAUAAUAAAAAUCUUCUAUUUGUACUCAAAGUUCGUCAAUUUAUUGAAAUGAUAAAUGGAACUGACAGCGAAAUUUCAAAACCGUCCACAUCUUCUCAGACAAAAAUUUCUUCAUUAUUAAAUCAUAAAAAUCAAUUGAACAGUUUAUUAACCAAUAGAAAUGCAUCGUCUACUAUGACGACAACAACAGCAAAUGAUUGUCCAUCAAUACCUCUAUCUAAAUCGAAUACAUCUCUACGUUCUCGUUCCAAUAGUCCAUAUAAAUCUGAAUCUAAUCAAACAACGAAUUCAGAUGUACAACAACAUAGUAAUGCUACUAAUAAUGAAUUAUCUCAAGAAGCGUAUACAACAGUAAAUUCAUUACCAUCUCAUCAUAUGGAUGUGGAUGACGAAUUGAAUGGUAAUAGUAUAACAAAUGGUUUUAGCAAUCACGAAACAGUAUCCUCCAGUUCCUCCUCUUCUUGUUCUAUAAAUCAAAUUUCUAAUGGCCAUUCACUAUUAGAUGAUGACAGUAAUAAUUUGACUACUGAUAAAACUUCAAUCAGUAAUGGAUAUUUAACAAAAUCAACAGAAAAUCUCGAUACUAUGGAAUGUGAUGGCAUUAGUGAGUCAAAUCAUACAAUGCAUGUGGAAGAUACUUCAUCGGAUGUACAGAAAAAAGAUGAUGAAAUUCUUAUUAAAAUUCUUCAGUUUGGCAGAGAAUUACAUACACUCAAACAACAAUUAAAUAUUGAAUAUGGAGAAAAUCUACAACAUGAUAAAAUACUACAGGAUGCAUUCAGUUUAUUAGCAUAUCCUGAUCCUAGAAUAUCGCCACUUGCUCAACUAUUAGAACCAUCGCAACGUGAAUCUAUUUCCAGUGUAUUGAAUAGUGCCAUUCUUGAAGCACACGACAUGCCUAGACAUCCGGCGCUCGAAGUACUUGUUGGCUAUUUAAAUGAAUGUGACAAAUUAAUGCAUAAGAACAAUAUACCGGAUUGUGCCUUCAUUGAAUUGAACAAAUAUGUACGAUAA